CUCUCAAUGUGUCCUACAUUCGCCGAUCCCUUAGAUAACCUCAAAAUUUGAGUUUUUGACCCGAACAGAUCAUGUUAUCGACUAUGCACUGUUUUCCUGGGACUAGAGUUUUCAGUGCUUCGUAGUUUUUUCUCAUUUACAUUGUGGAUGUCAUUCGUAUCGCGUGGGUGUGUAUUGUGGCUCGGUUCAGAACAUUUUCGGCCAAUAUUCGGUUGUGUCUGCUUGUACACAGUUGUAGGAUGUGUUGUGCAGUGCAAGUUUCAUAUAUUUUCGUCUUAUGAUAGUUGAGAGUUCGUUAAGUAAAUGAGUGGUGUCAGUCUUUUUGGAAUAGAAUGAGCCAAAUGGCGACAGACGACAGCAUGAGCGACGACGUGUUUGAAGACGACACCCUACGUGCGCCGGCGCACACCGCACAACGAAGCACCCCGUCCCCCACGGGCUACAGGGAUUACCGUCCCCCCGUCACCACCCCUGCGAGGAUGCAGGAUGAUGACGAUGUUAUUAUACAUAAGACGAUCCUCCUCGGUGACAGCGGAGUGGGUAAAACCUCUUUACUAGUGCAGUUUGAGACUGGAAAAUUUCAAGCUGGCAAUUUCUCUGCGACAGUUGGCAUCGGAUUUACGGUAAUGCUGCUCGGCGACAGCGGUGUCGGCAAGACUUGCAUGUUAGUCCGCUUCCGGGACGGCACUUUCCUCGCAGGAAACUACAUAUCCACCGUCGGCAUCGACUUCCGGAAUAAGGUAGUGACUGUAGACGGCAUCAAGGUGAAACUUCAGAUUUGGGACACGGCUGGCCAGGAGCGCUUCCGUAGCGUUACACACGCAUACUACAGGGAUGCACACGCCCUACUGCUCCUAUACGACGUGACCAACAAGAUCAGCUUCGAUAACAUCCGGGCGUGGCUCGGCGAGAUCCGCGAGUACGCACAGGAUGACGUCGUCAUCAUGCUAUUAGGUAACAAAUCCGACAGCGGCCUAGAGAGGGCGGUGAGGCGGGAGGAGGGACAGCGCUUAGCGAGAGAAUACCAAGUCGCGUUUAUGGAGACAUCAGCCAAAACCGGACUAAAUGUCGAAGCUGCCUUUGCCCAUGUGGCACGAUCUCUAGUAGCGAAAGCGAACCCCGUCGACCCCUCGAGGCUGGCCGUGCGCGCGCAGCCAACACAGGAACAGCGGUCUUCGUGCCCGCCAUGUUCGUAAUUCCGCGGGUAAUUCGAAUUCAGAAUGUGUUCGUUUUCGAAGUGGACCAAAGUUCGUGAACUUUCGAUUGAUCAGUUGAUAAUAUGACGCUGGUGUGAAAAGACGUGUUAUCGAUGUGAGUGAGCGUAUGAUGCUUUUUGGAGCCACAAAUACCGCACAAGUGUUGAACAAUGUUUUAUGAAUGUGAAAAAUAUUAUAUCAAUAUAAUAAUGAUGAUGCUUAGGAUAAGGUACUUAUCAACUUCUACAGUAAAUUGUGAUAAGGAAUAAGUACAUAAGUACCUUACACCAAAAAUCUCUUUAUACCUACUUACAGUUUAUGUAAAACCUGUUAGGUAGUAGAUAUCAAAUGUUUCUUUUCUGUCUGAUAGUCAGAAGAAACACCCACAAUAGCACAGAACAUUAGAAACCUUCAGUAUCAUUCCAGUUUUAAGAAAUCUAAGAAAAAACAUUAAUAUGUAUUAUAAAGGGGCUUGUACCUAAAAUGUACUUUGAUAUAAAUAUAUUUAUUGGAAAAUGUUUACAAUGGUAGUUGUUUAAUCGAUUAAUAAGAUAUUGUAUUGUUUAUAUUUGAAGUCUUGAAACACUAUUGUUUCCUAGAAAAGAAAAACUUAGCAAAUGCGGCAAAUGCAUAUUUUCCCAAGGAAAACAUACGUAAAGUAUACACCUGGAGCCUCUUCAUUUCAAAUGGAGUUUUGGAGCGGCAUUUAAUAGACGCCAUUAUUGAGCUUAUGGCUGAAUAAAGGUACUACAAAAAAGUUAAGUAGCUGGAUUCAAGAGUCCUGACACAUAGCUAUAAGCCGUAACACAUUCGUACGGACCAAACAUUUUCAAGACCAAUCGGACACUUUUCAAGGGAAGCUUAGUAAGUAUCUUCAAUUUAUGAUGCCAAAAGUUUGCAAAUAGACGUUUUGCUAGAGCUUAAUGUUGCUACGAAUUAGACCAUAUGAGUCAAGUCUCUAUGCCUAUGAAUGGUUCAUGAUUCUAAUUAAUAUAUGCUCAUUGAUUGCUCACAAAAUUUUACUGCAUUUGUCAAGAAAUUGUUUAUAAAUUUUAAAGCAAUAAUUUUAGGAAGCAGUUGGUUUUAUUUCAGAAGGUUCUUUAAUUGUUUUAUAUCAUGUUAAUAAAGAUAAUUAAAUCAGUAGUAGUCAAGAGGAUUUCCGUUAACUACGUUGCGACUUGUAUAAUUUCGUGCGAAUUAUCUCCAUCGACGCACUUCUAUGUAAUAAAGUAGAAUCUAAGUGACAAAACCCUUAUCCCUGUGAUAACUAAUAUGUAUUAAAUUAUAUAUACUUGCGUGUUUUAAUAAUAUCGCAUUAUGAUGUAACAUAUCGAACAAGAUUUCUUAUUAUUGUUCCCGAAAGCCUCUCUUCUGUAAUGAAACUCGGAGAUAUUAUUAGAGGUAAUAUUGCUAACAGAUGAAUAAUGGUUACAAUAGGAGGCACCUACCUUUCUUUUUAUUUAGUAAGGCAAGACGUUCCCAUUUUUUGUUUGUCUCAAGAAUUAGGUAAGUAACCGCAUUGCGGAACAGAAGUUUCUAUGUUGUACCUACCUAUAUUUAAAAAUAUAUUUUUAUGUAAGAAAAAUAAAUAGACUACUUUUGGAUUUGAGGCUCAAAAUCAUUUUUUUAUUUGUAUAAUUGCAGCAUUCUAAAAAUAAAAGCUAUAUCGUUUCUUAAAAUAAAGUUAUGUUUCCCUCUGACAAAUCGUAUUUUCUCUCAAGUCUAUUUUAUAUCAUAAGUAAUGAUCUUGAUGAAAAUAAAGAAAACCGUUUUAUGAUAAUAAGAUGCUAAUGUACUUACUUGUAAAGUAUUGUAUAAUUAUUGUCGUUCGUUGCAAAUUAUGUUUAAAUGUUGUGUGGCGUGAAUGUUGCUUGUGCAGAAAAUAAUAAAUUAAACCGUGACAUUUA